UAAACAAAAGGAAUAGCCUGCGUUUCGUUGGGGUGAGAAAUCAGAGAGAGAGAGAGAGAGAGAUCUGCUUGAAAUGGAGAAGACGAGCACAGUUUGUGUGACAGGUGGUUCAGGCUACAUCGGUUCUUGGCUUGUCAAGAAACUCUUGCAGAGAGGCUAUCACGUCCAUGCUACAGUCAGGAACUCAGGAGAUGACUCCAAGGUUGGGCAUCUCAGGGGCCUCCCUGGAGCUGAUGCAAGGCUUUCUCUUUUCGAAUCCGAUCUCUACAGUGCAGAGACGUUCGAGCCUGCGAUCCGAGGGUGCGAGUACGUGUUCCUCGUCGCUACCCCCCUGCAACACAGCCCCAACUCCCAGUUCAAAGACACCAGCGAAGCGGCGGUGUCAGCGAUCCGCACCAUCUUGCGGUUGUGUGAGCUCUCCGGAACGGUGAGGCGCGUCAUCUACACUGGUUCUGUCACAGCAGCGUCGCCUUUGAAGGAAGACGACACCGGCUUCAAGGAUUCCAUCGACGAGUCUUGUUGGACUCCUCUCAACCUCUCCUACGAUCGCUUCGGCGAUUUUCUGAAGGCUUAUCUUACGUCGAAGACGCUGUCCGAGAAAGAAUUACUGAUGGAGAACGAGAAAGCAGAGCGAGGACUCGAGGUGGUGAGCCUAACGUGCGCCUUGGUAGGAGGCGAUGCGAUUCUACCAUACACACCACAGACCGUGGAAGCAAUGGUGUCGCCGGUGACCGGCAAGAAGUUGCCGCACGAGGGUCUGAGGUUUCUGCAAGCAGUGCUGGGAUCAGUGCCACUCGUACACAUCGAGGAUGUCUGCGAAGCUCAUGUAUUCUGCAUGGAGAGGGAGUCAAUGUCCGGCAGAUUUCUGUGUGCCGUCGCCUACCCAACAAUGCAAGACAUCGUCGAUCACUACGCUGAGAAGUAUCCUCAACUUCCCAUACCGAUCCGAGAGGUGGAAGGGGAGGGGACAAGGAUUCCAUGCAGUUCUACUAAGCUGGAAGAGAUGGGGUUCAAGUACAAGUAUUCUGUGGAGCAAAUAUUAGAAGGUAGUGUUGAAUGUGCCAAGAGGCUUGGAACAUUCGAAGCAUGAAUCUAAUGUUGGUUCAACAUGUCGCAUGAAGAGCAAAUAGAACAUCUUCACAUGCAUGCUUGAUGUCCCAUACUGUAUUUGUUGGUCAUGAAUCCAUGAACACAAGGCUUGUUGAUA